CACCCCACCAGCGGCCACCUUCGUCAUCGCCAUGUCUCCACCGCUCCACGUCUCGACCCUUUCCUGCUUCCUUCCUUCCUCCUUCCUUCCCGUCAGACUCGCCAAAGUGCGCCCGGGCGCGCCGAAUCUCCAGACGAGAUCGCACUCCGCACCUGACGCCGCCAGUGCCGGAGCCGACGGAGAUAGCGGGCCUCCACCUCCGAUCUAGUGGUGCGCCUCCUUACCGAGGUUCGACGAGCUUUAGCGGCAAAGAACAAAGGGCAUUGGGAGACUGGGAGUGGUUAGAUUGGCUCGUCUUGGAGGGAUGCGAUCGUAGCCGGGCCUGCACUUUUCGUGGUAAGUGGGGAUUGUUUCCGUUGGCCGUGUCAAUGCGCGCGGGAUCGCGGUGAUCUGCGCAUCGCGCUCGAGCUGUGCGGAGCUGUAGUCUAGCUCGGGAGCACGAAUGUCGGGUUAUCUGGAUUCCUCGGUUUUGGUGUUUCUUUGAGCAAGCAUCCAGCGAUUCCCUCGAAAUCGCCUGAUAUUAGCCCAAUAACACAGAUGCAUGGCCGCGUGGGCUCCAUGUGACCCUAGCUUAGCAUUAGGUGCAUCUUGUUCGCUAUUUCGGCGUAUCUAGGUGACGCGCUCGAUUUCUCGUUAAUAAUGCGGGCAUCAGUGACUAUUCAAACAACAGGCGUGGUGUUACAGUCAUCACUCAUCAGCAGUGGCGGAGCACGACCCAAAAUUAAGGGCAGCAGGCUUUCCAAGCAGCCGAAUUUGAAAGCAGCAAAAGAAAGCAGGCGGAGCAGUGGAGCACGGGCUGCACAUCCGAAGCAGGCGGAGCAAAGCAAAGCAGGCAAGCAGCCGUGGAGCAGUGGAGGUGGAGCACGGCCGUGCGGCCGCCGGCCAGCCAACGCCCAACGGGUCAACCGGACAAGCACGCGCGCACAGCAGGAAGGCAGAGGCAGCCACCAGCCAGGCAAGACCGCAGCCCGCAGGAAGCAGAAGCCAGAGACGGAGGUGGGCAGGCGGCCGCGGACGGACAGGCGGUCGGCCGGCCGGGCGAGCCGCGAGCGGACGUCUUGUGCUGCAGCGGCUGUGUUGCGGCGGCUGUGCUGUGCGGGCUGCGUGGGCUGGGCGGCUGAAUACCUAGAUUUCACUUUUUUACUGGGCCGAGUUGAGGUAUGGCGCGGGCCAUACUUGGCCAUAACGGGCCCUCCGCCCCUGCUCAUCAGAACGGUGCAGAAUCAUUAUCAGAAACAUUUGGAGAACCAUACCCAACAAAAUAAGCACCAGCAUUUCAUCCUUUGUCUCGGCAUUCCAAUAAUAAUAAUGUGGAAACGUAAUCCCUUUGGGGGUAAAGCACAUAGUGGACUGGAUGGGCGCACUAUUGUUGUUAGAAGUCUGAAGAUCUCAGUACGAAAUGUCAUUGCACAAGGAGGCUUCUCUUGUGUAUAUCUGGCAUGUGACACAGUACAUCCAUCAAAGAUGUAUGCAUUGAAGCACAUUAUUUGCAAUGACUCAGAAUCACUUGAUCUUGUCAUGAAGGAGAUCCAGGUUAUGAACCUCCUUAAAGGGCAUCCUAAUGUGGUCACACUUGUUGCCCAUGAUGUUGUUGACAUGGGCCGUACAAAGGAGGCACUUCUUGUAAUGGAGUUUUGUGAGAAGUCCUUGGUGAGUGCAAUGGAGAGCAGAGGUAGUGGUUACUAUGAGGAGAAGAAGGUGCUUUUAAUUUUCAGAGAUGUCUGCAAUGCUGUCUUUGCCAUGCAUGGACAAUCACUGCCAAUUGCACAUAGGGAUCUGAAAGCUGAAAAUGUUCUUCUUGGAUCGGAUGGUGCAUGGAAAAUAUGUGAUUUUGGAAGCACAUCAACUAAUCAUAAAUGCUUUAACAAACCAGAAGAGAUGGGCAUUGAGGAAGAUGUCAUCAGGAAGCAUACAACCCCAGACUACAGGGCCCCAGAGAUGUGGGAUCUCUACAGAAGAGAAGUUAUCAGUGAAAAAGUUGACAUUUGGGCUUUGGGGUGCCUUCUAUAUAGAAUAUGCUACUUCAAGUCUGCAUUUGACGGAGAAUCCAAGUUGCAGGUACUCAAUGGCAAUUAUCAUAUCCCUGAGCAACCCAAAUAUAGCAUUGCUGUCACAGGGCUGAUCAAAGAUAUGCUGGAAGCCUCACCAAAUGCCAGACCAGACAUCACACAGGUCUGGUUUCGUGUUAAUGAGCUACUGUCGCUUGAGUUACAGAAAAGGUUACCUGAUGGACCUUCACCAGCCGUUUCCUUGAGCUCGCAAGAUGAAGGUGCUCAUAAAAGAACACCUGUGAUGCCUAGAAGGAACCCUCCACCUCCAAGAGAGCAAUCUAAUAGUUUUUUACCGCAUGGAAGCUCAAAGGCAGGAGAUGCACCUUUAGGUGCAUUUUGGGCGACACAGCAUGCACAAGGUGCUCAAGCUGUAGUUAAUAGGAACCCUUUGUUUGAUGGGGAGUCAAUUAAGGCACCACUGUCAUCAAAGCAGAACCAAAGCUGGGUGGACACCAGCAUCAGUAUUCCUGGCAAUAGGCAUGAUCAUUCUGGUCAGAUGUCACUGACAAGUAAAGCACAAAAUAACUCUUUGUCCAAUAAUGGUUUCAGAGGUCUCUCUGACACGGAGAUACAAAAUUCUGGGAAAAGUAGAGCACAACAACCUCAACCCGAGCCAAAAUGUGAGAAAGACCCAUUUAAUAGCUUUGUUGCAGAUUUUGACACUCACAAUCUCAACAUUGCCGUUGGUAAGGCAUCCGAACUUGAACUUGAAGUGUCCAAUCUGAAGGAGCAGUUGAAGAAAACCACAUUAGAAAAGGCUGAGAUGACAGCCAAGCAUCUCCUCAUCGUCAGGAGAUCCAAGAGCUGAAGCUCACUCUUGCCGAGCCAACACCUCCCUCAAACAAAGUCAGCUCAAGGACACAAGAUUCUGGAUCUCAGCGAAAGGAAAAGAUCCAAGGUACUGUGUGGGAGCUUGAACAAGGGAUGCUUGCUAGCAACUCCUCAUCAGCCAGUUCUGAUGCCAAAACAUGGCAGGCUUUCCCUGACACAAAGACUCAGGCCCGACCAAAGGUCGAUCAUGCAACUAAUGGGAGCCAAAACAUAACCAAGAACACAACGUCAGGUGCUUCCCCCGAUGCGUGGGGUUUUGGUACUGAUAAUUUCAGAACACCAGCAACAGCAUUAAGCGCUACCACACAGAUCAACAGGGCAGCUGCCCAACGGAGCUCAUCCCAAAGAUUUAACGCUGGUGUGGCCAAGGUAGAGCAGCCAUCUGGAUGGGCUGGUUUUUAACUUCAAUCGACAUGCGUUAACCAUCAUUCUGGUCAACAUUUGCAAUCCGCGCUACACAGCUGCUGUUGCCGAUGGAGUUGUGAUCUUUGACAUCCACAGGGCAUCAAAAUCGGUUAUUUUUAGUGUGUUCAUCAAUUUUGGUUGUGCCAACUUUGAUAUUGAUUCAUGAGAUCACUUGAAAUUACCCGUUGUUAAUAAGUAAAUAUAUAUUG